CGGGGACACCGAGGAGGAAGCGGGACGAUGUGGAGCUGGUCCGACCUGGGCUCCGUGCUGGGCCCGCUGCUCAGGCUCUACAUGUGCGGCAUCAAGGUGCUGCUGUACCAGGCCUUCAACAGGUCCUUCACCCUGCCAGCCCUCCCCAGGCAGAGCGGCCGGGUCGCCAUAGUGACGGGCGGCACCAGAGGGAUGGGCUUUGAGACGGCUCGCCGCCUGGCUCACCUGGGCAUGCAUGUUAUCAUAGCUGGGAACGAGCCGGAGGAGGGCGCCGCCGCCGUGAGGACGAUCCGCCAGGAGGACGCCGAGGGCAGAGUGGAGUUCGUCUUCCUGGACCUGACGUCCCUCAAGUCGGUCAGACACUUCGUCCAGGUGUUCAAAGCCAGGGGCUUACCACUGCACGUCCUGGUGAACAACGCUGGCACCAUGCUGGUCCCUGAGCUCCAGACUGAGGACGGCUUCGAGUUCCACUUCUGCCUGAACUACCUGGGCCACUUCCUGCUGACCAACCUGCUGCUGGACGACCUGCAGAGGUCCGGACGCCCGGGACGCUGCUCCAGGGUGGUCAACAUGUCCUCGGCCACGCACUACGCCGGGGUCAUCCACAUGGACGACCUCAACAGGAGGGCCUGCUACAGCUCCCACGGGGCCUACGCCCAGAGCAAGCUGGCCCUGGUGCUGUUCACCUACCAGCUGCAGGAGCGGCUGAGCGCCGGCGGCUUCUCCGUCACCGCCAGCGCCGUGGACCCCGGCAUGGUGGACACGGCGCUGUACGACAACCUGUGGAGCCUGGCCCAGGCCCUGAAGAGACCCGUGGCCAAGGUCCUGUUCAGGACCCCGGCCGAGGGAGCGUCCGUCUCCAUCUUCGCCGCCGCCGCCUCGGAGAUGGAGGGCGUGGGCGGAGUCUACCUGUACAACGGCCAGAAGACGCAGUCGGCCCGGCUGUCCUACGACUCGGAGCUGCAGGCCCAGCUGUGGACGAAGAGCUGCCAGCUGUGUGGGCUGCAGCAGGCCUGACCCGCCCCGGGGGACCCCGGAGGACCCCGGAGGACCCCGGAGAACCCCGGAGAACCCCGGAGAACCCCGGAGGACCCCGGAGAACCCCGGAGAACCCCGGAGGACCCCGGAGGACCCCGGAGGACCUCCAGAGAACCCCGGAGGACCCCGGAGGACCCCGGAGGACCUCGGAGGACCCCGGAGGACCCCGGAGGACCCCAGCCACACGGCUACACUGUGACACACCAACACCUCACAUUCCUUCUUAAACGUCCGUCCGCUCCGUCCUCACUCCAUCAGUGUUAUUUUAAUCAAGUGCCUUCAGCGUUUCCUCUGCCAGCAUUCAGAGAGACACAC